AUGACUGAUACUCACAUGGAAGGAGAGACGUCUUUUUUUCCCAAGGAGAAGUUGUUCGAGGAGGAAAGAGAAGUCAUUAGAGUAGCCCACAGUGGUGUCUGCUGGGGAAACGCCGCAGACCAACGUUGGGGCUCCAUCUGCAGCAAGAGCGCCCCCACCGCAACCCCCUUCACUGCCUUCACCACCUCCAAAGGGGGCUGAGUCUUAGAGGUGGGCUUCGGCAUGGCCACAAGAACAUGGAAGGUGCAGGAGGUCGCCAUCCAGGAACACUGGAUCAUGGAGUGCAAUGACAGCAUCUUCCAGCUGCUCCAGGACUGGACCCAGCAGCAGCCACACAAGGUCAUCCCCUUGGAAGUCCUGUGGAAGGAGGUGGCGCUCACCCUGCCAGGUGGUCGCUUCGAUGGGAUCCUGUAUGACGCGUACCCACUGUAGAAGACCUGGCACACACACCAGCUCAACUUCAUCGAGAACCACACUUUUCACCUGCUGAAGGAAGGGGGUGUUGCCCUCACCUACUGCUACCUCACCUCCUACAGGCAGCUGAUCAAGUCCAAGUACUCAGAUGUCACCACCAUUGAGACGCAGGUGCCUGUGCUAUUGGAGGCAGCCUUUCAGGGGAAGAACAUCCUCAGGGCAGUGAUAGCGUUGGUCUUGCAGACGAUCAUGUUGUCCCUGGUCACCAAGCCUUCAGCCCACCCAGACCUGGCCAAACAAUCCUCUGCCACCCCUCCUCAGUGGCUGGGAACUCAGGCUCUGGCCUGUCACGGCUCCAUGACUGAUCCUGGCUGUGUCAUUGGGCAGCUUUUCUGGCCUCUACAGUGGGAACACUGCUGCUUCCUUGCCAGGGUCCUUGAGGGCAAAAUCAACACUAACACUGGGCUUGCCCUUCCCUCUCUCAAAAUAAGGGCAAGAUGA